AUGGCCGCCGCGACCGAGGCCGCGGUCCUCGUGUCGCCGCGCGAGGCGGUGAAGGAGCUCACCACGCCGGGGAAGAAGAGAUCGAAUUCGAGAUCGCCCGCGUCGCGCGACGCGUCCACCCCCGCGACGACGACGACGACGCGCGUCUCCCCGUCCGCGGUGGACGCCGCGCGCGCGGCCGCGGACGUCAUCGCGCUCGGGGCCUCCCCCGAGGCGGCGAACCCCGCUCGCGGGACGUUGCACGCGAACGAGGACCGGAUGUGGGCGAGCGCGAAGGCGGCGACGGACGCGGUCGCGGCCGCGGUCGCGUGCGCGGAUCCCGCCAAGGUGCACGACGCCGUCGCGCGCGCGGCGGCCGCGCACGCGGCGCACGCCAGCGAGGUCGCGACCGCGGCGGGGAAGUCCGCGGAGGACGCCGCGCUCGCCGCGCGCCUUCGCCCGGGGGACGAGAACGUCGCGAUCGAGGCGAACAUCGCGGGCGAUCUCGCGACGAUCGCCGCGGACGCCGCGCGCCGCGCCGCGCUCAAGGCGAACGCCGCGGCGACGCGCGCCGCGGCCGUCGCCGCCGCGGAUCGGAUCGCGUCCGCGUCCGAUGAACUCCGCGCGAUGGCGCGCGACAUCGAGCUCGAGCGCGAGCGUCUCAGGGAGGCGCUCGAAGACGCGGCGGCAAUGGCAGAGGAGGAGGAGGACGAGGAGGAGGAGGACGACGACGAUGCCGCCGACGCCGCCGACGCGCGGCCGGCGCCGGCGCCGCGGGGGGAACUGCCGCCGACGCCGACGCCGAACGAUCGCCGCCGUUCUUAUUCCGACGACGACGACGCGCGCCUCGGGCGGCUCCCCGCGACGCCGCCGCGCGCGACGGCGACGCCCGCGAUGGACCGCGCGCUCGCGGCGAGGAAGCGCCGCGCCGCGGGCGGCGUCGGCGGCUCUGGUCUCACGCCGCCGCGGUCGCUCGGGAAGCCUCGACGCGUCCCGAUGUCCCCUGAGGACGCGGCAAUCUACGACGAGUUCGUCUCGACGCGUCGCCGCCGCGACGUGCGGCGACGCGCGGAGGAAGCGAUCGAGCGCGCCGCGGAGGCGGCGGCGCGACGCUCCCCCGCGGCGGCGGCGAACGCGCGGCGGCGGCCGCGGAGCGCGUCCUACGUGCGCGUGGGCGGCGGUUUCUCCAACGACGACGACGACGUCGCGCGGGCGAGCGCCUCCGGGUCGUUCGCGCCCGGGUCGUUCUGGACGCCGGUGAACAGGCACACGCGGAUGGACAUCAGCGUCUCCGCGGCGGAGAAGGCGCUGCUUCGGAACGCGGGACCAAACGGUCGGACGGAACCCGGAGCGUCGUCGAGACGGAGAGACGGAGACGACGCGACGAACGCCGCCGCCGCGGCCGCCGCCGACGCGGCGGACGCGGUGCGAUACCCGUGGACGGUGCGACCGACGAAGAAAUCUGUCGCGAUCGCGGUCGCGUCGCGGCAGAGGCAGCGCGAGCAGGACGCGCGGCGACGCGGCGGCGGCGACGCGGACGCGGAACGCCGACGGGUGGAACCGCCGGCGACUCGCCGCCCCGCGACGGCGACGGCGACGGCGGCGGCGGCGGCGUCGAAGCUCCCCGCCAGCGCGCCGCGCUCCGCGACCGCGUUCGAGAUGGAGGCGAAGCGCACGAUCGACGCCGCGCGGUCGCUCCUCGCGGACUUGUCGACCGGCUCGCCGGUGAAGGCGCGCCCCGACGGCGGCGACGACGACGACGACGACCUCGAAGCGCGCGCGGAUCGCGUCGUCGCGAAAGUGCGCGCGUACGCGUCCGCGGCGAAGGACCCGUCCACGCGAGGGACCGCGGGGCGGACGCGGAGCCCCACGGUGCCGCUUCCCGCGCACGAGAGGUAUUCGCACUACAAGAUGUACGGGGGUUUAGGCGCGGGAGACGACGACGACGCGACCACGACGACGUCCCGACGCGCCGCGUGGAUCGCCGGCGCCGCGCUCGGGAUCGCGCACGUCCUCUCCCUCCCCGCGUACGCGUGCGACGCGUGCAAAGUCGCGGAGGUCUCGCACGGCGACGACGUUCGCAAGUGGCCGACGUCGACGCGCGUGUACGAGCUCGACACGACGUCGGGGCUGAGUUUCGAGGAGGCGUACCUUAAGGCGCACGGCACCGCCCCCUUUCCCUCCUCCUCCUCCUCCUUCUCCUCCUCCUCGACGGCGACGACGAUCGCGCGCCCGAGCGACGCGGACCCGAACCCGUGGGUCGAGACCGUGUCCACGUGGCGCUUCGACGUCCCGAGCGGCGUGUCGCUGCGACGCACGACGAUGACGCACACGGAACAGGAAAAGUACGGGCUCGACGCGCUCUACCAAACCGAGGACGGCGGGUCGGUCGGCGUGUCCGUGUGGCCGCUGCCGCCGGAGCGCGCGACGGAGCCGAGCACGGUCGAGGCGGUGAGAGACAUCGUCGAGAACAUGCCGGUCGUCCCGAACGUGUCGAUGUUGCGCGACGCGAAGGCGCUGUUGGAUCAGGGCGCGACGGGCGGCGGCGGCGGCGGCGAGGGCGGCAAGAUGUUCACGUUCGCGUACGACCUCGGCGGCGGCGGCGACGCGCCUUCGUACGUCGCGGUGAACGCGCUGACGCACGAUGGGAAGAUGUACGUCGUGCACGCGACGUCGCCGGGGGGUAAGACCGCGGCGAAGGACUUGCGAGCGAUCGCCGACAGUUUCCGCGUCGGAUGA